GUGUGUGUGUGUGUGUACAUACAUACAUACAUACAUACAUACACCCCUACAUAAAGUUUAUGUUUAAUCACCACCAGGAUGAGGGCUCAAGAAGUGGGUGGUGAUUCACCCACAUUCAUAACUGUUUAACUUAACCGGCCACAGUCCUUAUUCAUGUGGUAGAGUGGCAGUGUGAUGAAACUGCCCACUUCAGUCCCUCACAAGCACAGCUCAUUCAUACACCUACAAAUCAACAUAGCAGAUGUGCUUGUGAAAAUCUGGGUUCUCAUCCUAAAGCAGACUAAGAGAGUUUAGUGGGAAAUAAAACAUGAUAAAUAUAGGUUAUUGACAGCAGACCACAUAUUUUCUCACUAUUCAGCAAUUACAUCUCGGACAGAUCUGACAAAACCAUAUCUUGAAAAUAUAAGUCCACUGGCAUCAGAUGUCUGGGGUGGGAGUCAAUCACUUCCUCCUCAAUGAUCCUGAAAGAGAGGCCGUGACAGAGGAUAUUGAAGCCGUGCACGCGGGUCUGGUGUGCGGAGGGGACGCGGUGCAGCAUCCGGAUCAGACUCUGCUGUGCAGGAUGUGUCUGCUCAUCGCCAUUGAGCUCAGCUAAAUGGGAUAGAGAGCCUUUAAUGCUCCCCAUAAGCCAUGUCAUUCAGCGCGUCAACCCAGACACACAGCUUUGCUGAGAGACGUUUCACGGAUCUCACUGUCGAGCUUUACAACACAGAUCCACAUGACUCAUACAGUCGCUCAGAGACCGCUGAAAGUGUGAACGAUGAAGACGUAAAAGUCUGUUGAGUUUGUUUCGAUGCCCUAAACGUCCGUUUUAAGUCGAUAAAGAAGGCUUUUUUUUCAAGUGUUUUCAUAUAACUUAUUCUUUCUUUCUUUCUUUCUCUCUCAUAUACACGCGUAGACUUUCCCCUUCCAUUCAUUUUGUGAAGAAUAGUAGGCUAUCCGACUGUAUCGGGGCUUAUCAGCAAUGAAUCAGUUGAUAAGGUUCACAAAACCGGUCUAAAAACUAUUCGUUCUUGAGUCAGACUGAAUGAAUAAAAGUGAUUCUCUAACCGAGUCGGUCAAGUCCGACUCGCAAUUGUACCUGGUUAACAAGCGAAUUAGCUAAUCGAUAACCGUCUUAUGAACUAAACCUUGAUUUGACCACGGGUGCAAAAAGUAGCCUACUAGGCUACUACUACUUCAUCAUCUGUAUGCUAUAGCAGAAAUUAAAUAAAAGAUUCUGGAUACAAGUUUAAGAACUGCGUUGUAGCUUUAUAGUUUUAUUAAUGCGCAUUUGAAACAAGAGGUAAGGUUUAAUAUAAUUUAUAUAUAAUUUUAUAUAAAUUAGCUUCUAUUUAAAAACAAAUGCAUUGGCUACAAUUAACACUCUUAAAAUUAGUUGUAGGCUACAUAAUGCCUCGUGAUGACGUAAAGAACAGAAGAAUCUGUUUAUUGAACCGGCUCUUUGAAAUGAAUCGUUCAAAAGAACCGAUUCGCGGAAAUCAUUCGGACUUCCCAACACUGUCCGACUGCUCCCAUAAGCCCUAUAUAUUACUAGCGCAACAAGCUUUACCUUCAAUGAACGCAGGGAAGAGGCGCGAUUGGCUGAGAACAGCUUCGCUCACACACAAAACCGAGGAUCAAGCCUGACCAUCAGGACAACAGCAGAUCAAACUCAUACGGACAUCCUCGUAGAUUUUGCGCAAGGACUGUGAUAUCUGCUGCAUGAACAUCGAUCUUUGGAAACGUGCAUUUGGACUAUUCUUUUUGAGCACACCAAAGUGACAUCUUAUUUAAAUUUGCCCUUUAUUUUUCUCGCUCUCUUUGCCUUAUUUUGGUGGUCCAUGUGAUGCUCUCCCUCUCAAGAGACAAGAGUUUGGAAACGCAUUCAGCACUGAUAUACUACACCUAAAUCAGCUUCAGCAGUCUCGUACAUCCAGCAUGGAUCGCUGUCAACGGCUGUUUAUCCUCCUGUUGGGAUGGGGUUAUCUGUUCUGUGGAUACUGUGCUGUGCUUAAAACACCCUUUAUGGGUUUCUCAAAAGACGUGCCAUUUGGACAAAAAGUGGAAGCGCAAGAUAAGCAGCAUGCAAAGAAAAGCGAGCAGGACACGCUGUCAGAACACAUGCAGAUGCUCUACGCCAAAUACACCAGCGCGGGAUUCCCUCUCAAAGAUGGGAACACUGUCCGCAGCUUCAAAGGACAUUUGGGGACCAUAAAUGAUAAGCAGUUACAAAUCUUCAACCUCACUUCCCUCACCAAGUCUGAGGAUGUUCUCUCAGCAACACUGCACUACUACAUUGGUGACCUGCAGAACAGCAGCCAGAGAUGCCCAAGGCACAAGAGUUGUGCUCACCAUAAUCUCAGAAGACAAGGUCACAUUCACCUUGAUGUCUGGAGUUUCAGCUUUGUGGAUAACACCACCAGAACAAUCGGCCAUUUUUCCAUUAACAUCUCCACAAUGUACAGGGACUUCAUAUCAUGGCAGUGGAAAGACAUUACUCGUGUAGUCAACCAAGCCAAGCAUCACGACCAGCUUCUCAUAGGCAUUGACAUUGACUCAAAAGGACAGCAACCUUGGAAGAAACUCUUGUCAGAUAGGUCUCCUUACAUUCUGGUCUACGCCAACGACUCGGCUAUCUCCGAACCCGAAAGUGUCGUGUCCACCUUGCAGAGACACAGAAGCAGACUGGUGCCUAAUCUUCAUAUGCUCGAAAUACAUAAUCGCAGUGCCUCCUCGCAACAUCGGACCAGACGGUCCGCCAACAUCCUGCUGCCGCUACAAAACAAUGAGCUUCCAGGCCCCGAGUACCCUUAUGAGAUACCUACGUGGGAUGAGACCAGUCCGUAUGAUCCAAUGGAGAGCAAACCAGUCAAGCGCCCUCGCAAGAAGCCUCGCAAGAAUCCACGGCACAAGAACCCUCUUCUGCAGUUUGAUGAGCAGACCAUUAAGAAAGCACGUAAGAAGCAAUGGAACGAGCCGAGGAACUGCGCUCGCAGAUAUUUAAAGGUUGAUUUCGCAGAUAUCGGCUGGAGCGAGUGGAUUAUCUCCCCCAAGUCUUUUGAUGCGUACUACUGCUCGGGGUCAUGUCAGUUCCCCAUGCCAAAGUCAUUGAAACCUUCAAACCACGCCACCAUCCAGAGCAUUGUGCGGGCGGUCGGGGUGGUCCCGGGCAUCCCAGAGCCCUGCUGUGUACCCGAGAAGAUGUCUUCCCUCAGCAUCCUCUUCUUCGAUGAAGACAAGAACGUGGUCCUUAAAGUCUACCCCAAUAUGACAGUGGACUCCUGUGCCUGUCGGUAAAUGCUUUGGUCUUUUCCACCAGCCUCCUUCCCCUAAACUGAUUCCCAAUUUUUGCACUGGAAGAAAGACUGAAGAUGUUCAUUUCAUAACCCUUGAAGAACUAUCUACAGCUUUAAGGAUUGUGAAGAGCAAAGUGCUUUUCCAGAAGGAAUUCCUUCCUGUUAGCAGGAGGCGUCAUGCAUCAGUUGAGAUAUGAACAUAUGAAGAGACUCUCUGUCUGUGUUUGACCAGAAUGUUCUCAUGUUUCUAUAACCUCAGCAGUUAAGCAUACAGGGCAGGGGACAAACAUUUGCUGUCAUCCAUCAUGUUUCUGUACAGUUUGUAUAAUCUGUCAUUAUUAUAGCUAUAUUUUUGCUACAGAGGCAUUGAUUGACUCUCAAUGUUCAUAUUCUAUGGCUGCUAUAAAGUGGACUUUUGGGGGGGAAAAAAGAAAAGGAAUCUCUUUUUGUUACAUUUGUCAAAAAAAAAAAAAAUAAUUAUAUUAAAAUUAUUACCUAUAUAAGUUACUUACUGUUCAUAUUCAGUUUUUCACAUUAAGCUUAAAACUGUUUAAUUUCUGGGUGACUCUGUUUUGAAUGUCUUCGAUCUUCAUAAAAUGCAUAUAUAUAUAUAUAUAUAUUUAUUUUCUCCAAAAUGUGCAUUGUUACAAGCCUACAUGUAAUAGUGCUACAUCACAUUUUGUAAACAAUUUCUUUUAUCAUGCUUUUUUCAAUAUACUUGCAUUUGUAAAUAUGUUCGAUGAUGUUUCCGUCUGACCUACUAAUACAAGGUUGCAUCCUCACAUUUAGCUGAAUUCAUAAUGUAUAUGCACGCAUUCUGUUACGGUAAUUUUUUUUCUGUCAUUCCUCUGAAAACUAGUGUCAAGAAACUAGAUGUUAUUUUAUGAGCAAUUUUUCAAAUAUAUUCAGUAAGGUGAUUAUGAAAAUUGUAUGUAGAUUAUUUAGCCUUUUAUCUCUUUAACACAACAAUGCCUAUAUAAAGUGCCUUACUACAUUAAAAGGUUAAUCAUACAUUAAAUAAAAUAAGAGUAUUUAUAUUUCACAAAGAUGAGUGUAACAUGUAAUGUCUUAUUUUGGCAGAAUAUUUUGUCUAUCAGUUUAUUUGGAUAAAAUGUGAUAUUUUGUUCCAAAAAUGUUUUUCUGUAUACAUUUUUGUACUGUUUUUACUUUGAAAUUAGCAUAGAACUAAAGCAAUGACAUAUCACAAGCUGCAUGUUCAUAAAUGGGAUGUGUUCUAGUCUGAUUUCCUUUUUUGUUUUGUUUUUUGACAGAGAAAUGAACACAUGUAAAAGUGGGCUAUUAUCUUAAUAUAUAAUACAUACGUCAAGACACACUAUGUAAAGCACUCCUUUAGCAUUUGUGUAAUAUAUUUUUUGGAAGGCUUCCACCACACUGUGUGUUUUGUAAAUGUUAUGCUGUAGGUGAAAGGAUGUGCUUUGUAUGAUAAGCUUCAUAAGAAAUUAUAUUUGUAUAUGGAAAUGACCUUUAAAAGCAUUUAUUUAUUGUCGGUAUGAUGCCUUCUGUAUUUUAUUUUUGUGAAGCACAGAGGGGUUCAUUAAAUAUUCAUUGAGCUUUGCUGCUCAAAGGUUAGAAGGGGUGCAAAAGGAAGCAAUCACAUGACUCAUGUCAAAUGAGCGAGAAUGCUUAUUUUUGUAACAUCAUCCCUUUUGGCAGAUUGUUCAAGGAAAACAAUAAAGUUUUAAGAAUUA